UUCGCGCCAUUUUACAACUGCAAAUGCCGGUUGAGUGUGUCAAAAUUAUAAGAAAUCAACUACAUUACUAUUUUAUAUUUGACUUCAUCGGCCAUCAAAUAUUUCUUUAACAUAUUUAAGAAAAUAGUAGUGUCUCCUUUAUAUCUACUUAUAAUACUUACCAUAAUGUUUGAAGCAAGGCUCUUACGUAGUUCGAUCCUGAAGAAAGUCCUCGAAGCCAUCAAAGACUUGCUUACCCAAGCAACAUUCGAUUGUGAUGACAAUGGAAUACAAUUACAGGCUAUGGACAACUCUCAUGUAUCACUGGUAUCUUUGUCUCUACGAGCAGAUGGCUUUGACAAAUACAGAUGUGAUAGAAAUAUAUCCAUGGGUAUGAAUCUGGGAAGUAUGUCAAAGAUAUUGAAGUGUGCAGGUGACAAGGACACUGUUACAAUGAAAGCCCAGGACAAUGCAGAUACAGUUACAUUUGUGUUUGAGAGCCCUAAUCAAGAGAAAGUUUCCGAUUAUGAAAUGAAGCUUAUGAACUUAGAUUUGGAGCAUCUAGGUAUCCCAGAGACAGAAUACAGUUGCACAAUCAGGAUGCCAAGUGCAGAAUUUGCUAGAAUAUGCCGUGAUCUCUCACAGUUUGGAGAAUCAAUGGUGAUCUCAUGUACAAAAGAAGGUGUAAAAUUCUCUGCAAGUGGCGACAUUGGUUCGGCAAAUAUUAAGUUGGCACAAACAGCAACCAUAGACAAGGAAGAGGAGGCUGUUGUCAUAGAGAUGGAUGAGCCCGUCACAUUGACUUUUGCCUGUCAAUAUCUCAACUACUUCACAAAAGCCACCUCACUGAGUCCUCAGGUUCAAUUGUCAAUGUCAGCUGAUGUACCAUUAGUUGUAGAAUACCGCAUUCCAGACAUUGGUCACAUCCGAUACUAUUUGGCUCCAAAAAUUGAAGAGGAUGAUAGUUAAGUACAUUCCUAGGUUAUACUCACUUUGUGCCUUUUUUUCAUCAUGUUGCAAGUUUAAAACAAUUGAAUUGUGAUAAACUUCAAUUAAACAUUUAAGCAUUAAAA